AUGGCCGAAGAAAGACAAUUUGAAGUUCUUGAUUUUCUAAAGAGACAUCUGCAUGCUAAAAACUGGAUCAAUUACCGAGAGCAAACCUAUGAGAAAUGGGAACUCGUUCAUCUGGCUGAAAUGGUUCGAGAAAUUUUCCGCGACGAAUCGACUCUGGAAACGAUGUCUCCUCCAUGCACAAUCGUUGGGGACAUCCAUGGACAAUAUGUUGAUCUCGUGAGACUUCUCAACAUGCGUUUGACAAAAGAAGAAACGAAACAAAAGAAAACUGGGUUCUCAUCGAAUCGUUUUGUCUUUCUCGGAGAUUAUGUUGACCGUGGUAGCCAUUCAAUUGAAUGCAUUGCGUUGAUGUUUGCUUUGAAAAUCCAUUAUCCAAAAAACUACAUUCUUCUUCGUGGAAAUCAUGAGACAAGAGCCAUCAAUUUUGCAUACGGAUUCAAAGAAGAGCUCACUAUCAAAUUGGGAGAAGCCGAUGGAGCUGAAGUGUGGGAGAAACUCAAUGAAACCUUCUCAUAUAUGCCGUUAGCUGCACUGGUCGGUGGAAAGAUUCUUUGUAUGCAUGGAGGACUCAGUCCCGAUUUGAACUCAUUGGAUGACAUCAAAAAGAUCGUGCGUCCCAUUGUUGACGUAGCAACGAAUCGUUUGGCUCAAGAUCUUCUCUGGUCUGAUCCGACUCCAGAUCAAACUUUGGCAACAUUGCACAAAGAUCCACUUUACAACAAGAAUGGUGUUCGUGGUCUUUCAUGCACUUUUAAUGAAGCUGCUGUCAGAGAGACUUGCAAAAAACUCAAAAUCCUAAAGAUUGUUCGUGCUCAUCAGAUGGUCCCUGACGGUUUCAAGUUUUUCGCUGACAAGCAACUCAUAACAAUCUUCUCAGCUCCUCGUUACAUGAACGAGACUGAUAAUCGGGGAGCAGUGUUGACUGUGAGAACCGAUGGAAAAGUAGGUAUAAUCCAGAUGAAGAACACGAAAGGAAUGAAGCAAAAUGUGGAAGAUGAGAUAACACGUGGUGAUGAUCUACCCACUAAUCAAUCAGCCAAAAAGAAGUCAGAGUCGAUGCUCAAAACGGCUCAAUCGUCGAGUUCGAAGAGCAAAACUCAAGAAUGA